AUGCAUAUUCACCACCUGCCCAGCCUCUCGGUUUUGCUCUUGAACGAAACCGGCAUUGGAAACGAAGCUGUCUUUCUCCUCGUGUCUCUCAAACAGACCCUCACCCAACUCUCUCUUGCGACAAAUCCAUCCAUCGACAACGAUGCGGUGCCCGCUAUCAUCUUGCUUUACAAACUCUCUUUCCUGACAAUCUUGGAUACUGGAAUCGACAUGGCUGGUCUACGCAGGCUUGCCGGAGUUAUCUACGAAGAUAAUCGUGUCGUCGACAUCGAAAUACCUUUCGCAUGCGAGGUCUACGUCGAUAGUAUUCACUCUCGCUACCUCCUUAAUCCUCGUCCACCCUUGAUUACCGACCCCUCUGUCUGCGGCACGCUCUCUCUGGUCGCCCUGAAGCGCAACCUCGAAGCGCAUGCAGCUUGCAACCCUUCGAUCGUAGCUUCUGGUACCCACGCUGAGAUGGUCGAGCGGCUCUCUGAGAUCUUGGCGACUCGCAAGUUGGAUAAUCUGGUUGUCAGCAUGCUGGAAGGAGAUGACCCUGUGAAUCAGAAAUACGGACUUGCUGUUUGA